AUGGAAGAAACACCUUUCUUUUAUUGGCUGCAAACUUGUUUUAUACCCUAUGUGCGCAAAAAACGUUUAGAGCUGGAACUACCAGAUGCAACCGCUCUACUUCUAUAUGAUGGUCACAGCAGCCACGUAAGUCUACGCAUAAUAGAACUUGCUAUGGAGGCUAAUAUUCAAAUUAUCAAAUUUCCUAGCCAUCUCACAGACAACAUUCAACUCCUUGACAAAUGCGUAUUUGGCCCAGUGAAAAAAGCAUGGGACCGAAAGUUGGUGGAGUUUGGUAAGGCCAAUAUUGGAGUUGGAACAGGACGUUUGCAAAAGCGUGAUUUUGUUGAACUCUUGGGCUUAGUUUGGGCAGAAGCUAUGACAAAAUCAAAUAUUAAAGCUGGUUUCAUCACCACAGGAAUUUGUCCAGUAAAUCGAAAGCGUUUUCCAGAAAGUUUGUUUGAUCCAAUAGCGCUUCUAGCUUAUCAGAAAAGAAAACGGAGAAGUGAUGUCGGCUCUCUAAUCGAACCUGCUCCAGAAAUGCAAGAAGCUGAAAAUUCAAAUUCAUCUGUUGGUUUUGUUUCGGAAACGGAAGGACCUGGCUCUUCAGGUUCAUCAGCGGCAGAAUUGGAAAAGGCUGGACCCUCUAAGUUACCAUCACUACCAGCUACUGUUACUGAUUCUUCUAUUCCAUGUUCACCCUCUGCUAUUGUUCAAAUCUUUGCUGAAGCAAUUCGUGAAAAAAGAUCCUUGACAAGUGAAAUCCAAGUUGCAAAAAAACCAACACCUCGUUUAAAGCAGCUGCGGUACGGAGAGGUAGUAACGACGGAAGAGGUGGCUGCUAGGUUCAGAGAAGCUGAGAAUAAAAAAAUAAAACGACCCAAAACAGUUGCGAAAUUAAAAACUAGUAAAACCAACACUACAGAAAAUAAGUUAAAAAAGAAAACAUCUAGUAGUUCUUCCGAUGAUAAUUCCAGUGACACAAUGUCUCUUCAUGAUGAAUCCGAUGAUUCUAAGUUUGUCAAUUCAGACACCGAACAGAGUUCAGAGGAGGAUUCAAGAAAGUUGCAUUUUUUACAAGAGAAUAAGAAAGCCAAAGCCGAAAGUCUUGAGAGCUCGGAUGAAACAGAGAUGAACAUGCCACUUGCAAAAUUGCGUGAAAAAAUACAAGUGAAAGUUGGAGACUUUAUAAUUGUGAAAUUUAUUUACAAUCUCGGCACUAAAAAACAAAUCAAGAAAAAUUUUGUUGCCGAAGUAGUCGACUUGGAUAUUAACAUUUCAGCAAAAUUUUUUAGAAAAUCCAGUAAAACUACUGACACCUACAUAUUUCCCUUGGUAGAAGAUAAGCAAGUGAUUAAUUUUGACCAAAUAGUAGCUAUAAUAAAACCGUCAAAUAUUAUGCGUGGUCGAUAUGUUUUCCCAAAUAUUUCAGAUUACCGUUGUUGCUAG